AUGGAGCUGCACAUCCUAGAGCACCGGGUGCGGGUGCUGAGCCUCGCCCGCCCCGGUCUCUGGCUCUACACCCACCCGCUCAUCAAGCUGCUCUUCCUGCCCCGCCGAAGCCGGUGCAAGUUCUUCAGCCUGACGGAGACCCCCGAGGAUUACACGCUCAUGGUGGACGAGGAGGGCUUCAAAGAGCUGCCCCCAUCCGAGUUCCUGCAAGUGGCCGAGGCCACCUGGCUGGUGCUGAACGUGCCGUCCCCCAGUGGCGCGGCCGUGCAGGCUGCCGGGGUCACCAAGAUCGCCCGGUCGGUAAUCGCGCCGCUGGCCGAGCACCACGUGUCGGUGCUGAUGCUGUCCACCUACCAGACAGACUUCAUCCUGGUGCGGGAGCAGGACCUGUCCGUGGUGAUCCACACGCUGGCCCGGGAGUUCGACAUUUACCGAGAGGUGGGCGGGGAGCCUGUGCCGGUUGCCAGGGACGAUUCCAGCAACGGCUUUCCCCGUGCUCAGCAUGGGCCCAGCCCCACGGUGCACCCCAUCCAGAGCCCACAGAACCGAUUCUGCGUCCUCACGCUGGACCCCGAGACUCUGCCAGCCAUCGCCACCACCCUCAUCGACGUCCUCUUCUAUACACAUAGCCCCCCUAGGGAGGCAGCCUCUGGUGGUCCCGGAUCCAGUUCCAUCACCUUCUUUGCCUUCUCCCUCAUCGAAGGCUACAUCUCCAUCGUCAUGGAUGCUGAGACGCAGAAAAAGUUCCCCAGUGACCUGCUGCUGACCAGCUCCUCGGGUGAGCUGUGGAGGAUGGUGCGCAUUGGCGGACAGCCCCUGGGCUUCGAUGAGUGUGGGAUCGUGGCCCAGAUCGCCAGCCCCCUGGCUGCGGCCGACAUCUCCGCCUACUACAUCAGCACCUUCAACUUUGACCAUGCCUUGGUGCCCGAGGACGGCAUCAGCAGCGUCAUCGAGGUCCUCCAGCGCCGGCAGGAUGGCCUGGGCUCCUGA